CAUUUUCUCAUCACUUUAAUCCUAGGUCAUAGAAAUCUGGAAAUUCUUCUAUUUUACGCUUACCUCUCAUCACUUUGCAACCAAAUCGAAGUUCCAUCAUCGACUCCGUUCAGUUUCGCUCACAACCUAGCUGAGUUUUAUAAGUAAUUAUAACUAUGUUAUGCUGAAAUUUUCAGGUUUCAAGGAAAAGAAAGAAGGGCGGAUCCUGUCAAUACUGAAGCGGAUUUUCUCAUUAAUUCAUCUCUUUGUUUGAUUGGCAGAGUUGACUUUUGGUCUUAUAGAUCUGUCUAUGACUGAAUUAUUUGCAAUUUAAUCAGGCAGAUACUGUUUCACGGAAACAUGGACCUUUCUCCGUCUGAGGUUUCCAGUCCAUUUAAGAAUAAUGAAGCUGAUCAGUCGAAGUAUUUGAAGACUGAGUUGAUUACAAGUGUUGAACCCCAGUUGGCUGAAUCAGGAGCAUCUAAAUGUUUAGCUUAUAACAAACGAAUAGGUUUCAAACGUGGAUCCAUUGUUUCAGAAAUAGACAAGCGAAAGGCCACAAUGCCUAAGGAUCAGCAGUACAGAAUGAGGAAGAAGAUGGAACUGCAGAAGUUGAAGGAUGAGAUAAGAUGGUACCAAGAGGAGCUUUCACAGCUGCGUGCCAAACAGCAACUUCCAGCCCAAGAUCUAGAUAAGUCCAGUAGUAUCCAAAAGCGUCAACGAAUCCAAGAUCAGCAGAAGAUUAGUUCAAAUGAUGGAGGUGUGGCUGUCAGUCAGAAUCUUACAAAUAAUAAAGAGAGGACUCCAAAUGCAAGAGCUGCUGUCAAUGAGCCUGCUACUGAACAUCCAGAGAGUGCUCAGAGUGGUUCAUGUUCUGCUGAAGUGGCUAAGAUCAAGUUGCCUAUGUUCCUUACAGAAUUUCAUACAGAAGUUGCGAGCAAUGUAGACCUCUCAGACUUCACAGGCUUAGACGGGGAGCAGAGAAGAUUUGGGAGAUUCAGUUUCCCAUUGUCUCUGAUUCCAACUGUUGAGAGAAUAAACAGUGUCUACGGUGAUAUUUCUGCAACAAGUCUAGUAAGUCCCAGUGUUUCUACCACAGUCUAUGUUUUAUUUUGUGCUGUGAUCAGAGAUAUGGAACAUCUACGGCUUGAGGAAGUUACUGAGGACAUAAUUCUGAAGUGGAGAGAUGUGAUCAAGGAUGCUUUACGCCUUGGUUUCAAUGUGGCAUUUGCCAUGGAGCAUUUGAAGAAAGUUGUCUUUGCUUACAUUGGUCAACGAGGGUGCAAAUUGCUUCAUUACAUUGAUUCAAAGAUCUCAACAUUAGAAGCUGAGGUGAAUGACUGGAAGAAGAAACGCACUGAGAUAUAUGAGGAGUCCAAGAUGUGUGUCAAUGCUGCUGAGAACUUCAUUGGAGUACCUGUCAGCACAGGUUUAUUUCCUUAGUCUUCUUCCAAUAGAAUUAUGCAUUGCUGAAAAUGAGAUACCAUUCUCGACACUUAUACUGCGGAAAAAUCCGAUCAUAUGAAACUGGUAUACCAUUUUAGUUGAUAUCUUGCUCCUUCAAAAGAUUGACAUAAUCUUUCUGUAUGGUAUUCUUAUUUGUUCGAGUAAUACUCGCCAUUGUUAUCCACUUUAUACCUUAAAUUUUAGGGCUCACCCAAAUAAGAUCGCUUGGAUUUUCCCCCAAUCUUAUGCUGUAUCAGCAUCGAAAUUGCCACUUUUAUUUAUAUCUGUUUGAUGAUAUGCAACUCCAACACUCCAAUGAGCUUCACCAAAAGGCUUUCUUUAUCAGCGAUUGACGCUCAAACUACCCACCUAAACAUCGUUGGUGGUGGCUCAAAUAUUGGGGCGUUGUUCCCUUAUGGUUUGUUAAUUUGGUUUGAGGCACAUUGAGCAAAAUCGAAUGCACAAGCAGUGAAGAAAGCUGAAAACAAUUGGACUGGCUUGAGAAUUAAGACUGGGAACCGGAUGCAAGGAUGAUGGGAAAAAGUCCUAAAAAGGAUUGAGAGAUCUACCAUGUAGUUUGUGUCGAUAUCACAACAAUCUACAUAGUCUCUGUACUACUGUCACAUUUUGCAGCUGAUAGAAACUUACUCACUUGGAAUCUUUAUUUUCUUCAAAUUAUCCUUAUGUGACACAUCUGGUCUACGUAGAUACUCAUACCGGAUGUAUCCUACUUUUUUCUUAAUUCGGGUACCGUAGACAGGGAUUUUUUUAUGAUAUUUUAUUUGGAUUCAUAUACUGAUUGUUACCUCAAA